AGACAUUCCUAAUCUGAAAUGUAACAACAGAGCAAAUAUAGGCAACAAAUUGCAAUUCAACAAGACAAAGACAACCAGUGCACAGGAUAAGCGACAGACUUCCUUUUAUUGAAAAAAAAAGUCACAUGUGUCAUACCACCAGCAGUGGGUAGCAAGCUUUCAAGCUUGGGUGACAGAGGCAAAACUUAGAAAAAUGCUACAAUCACACCCAAAUGUAAAACAGCCUUGGACACAAAAAACCGACAUGAUAUUGUACAGAAUGAAAGGGCAAGACUCCAUCCAAGAACUCUAUUGCACCACAUACUUGACAUGGUGUAAAAAGUGUUAACAUGCCCUACACAUAAAAAAAAAAGCAAAAAACAUCGAAAACAUGCCUUAAAAUGCAAUGUGCAGACUAUGAAACCAAGAAAAAACUACCCGAAAAAGGUUUCGCUAAAUCUUUCAAUGAUUUAAAUUGUCAAACUGUCUCAUCACUUCUUAGUGAACCUGCACAGCUGAAAAGGAAGGAAAGAAAGCCCAACAGCAGGGCCGCAGAAAAUGUCACCAAAUAAAUAUAUGUUGCUUACCAAGGAUGCCUCUGGUUUAGUUGUGGUCUGACUUUGCACAAUAAUUGUGUAGAAGCUUUUCUUGUUUAGAAUAGUUUAACAGAUGACCAUGAGAGCACCAGGUGUAGGCAGUCUAUGCACAAAAAGCCAUUGCUUUCUUACUUUUAUUUUUUUUUCUCUACUACUAUUAAUGAGUAUUUAAGUGCCUUAAUAGCACUGCUAACAUCCUACUGCAAAACACGAAAUUGGGCAAGUUGUGACAUAAAGAAAAUUGCAGUUUCACUCGUAAUGUGGAACAAUGAUGCAGUAGCUGGUGAAAUAUGCAUAGGAAGCUUGCUUAAUGCUGUGUUUGUUGAAGUGAACACUUGCCAAUGCAAGUCAAUAAUCUCCUUUAAGGAAGUAAAUUAAGUACGAGUCGUAUUUAUUUGUGGGAGUUGUGCCUCGCAGUGUUGAAGUGGAAAGACUCGACUUUUCUCCCUCCUCUUUCAUAUCCAGACUUGGCCACUAAUCUCCACCAAAACAACCCUUUAGCUUACUGCUAAAUUUGUUUUGGUUUUCUCAAAUAUAUAUUUAGGCUACCCAUUGCUAGGUCUUGCACUGUGCUUGAGGAAAACAACAUACCAACAGUCCCAGCCAGUAAAUUUGAGAAGCCAAGCACUAGAAGAAGAUUAAUGAAGCAGAUGCACCCAAUCACUGUCAUUACAUGUAAGAAAAAUUAACAUAGGGCUGCCUUCACAAGUGGGAAGGUGGUGUGUCAGAACUUGAAAGCGUGGAUGCCAACUCUACAUACAAUACACAGACAUUGAGCAAGUGGUAGCCAAUCAUGGCACCUGUUGGCUUGAUUGCGCUCUCCAGGAUCAGUAUUCACCAUGACUGUACCUUCAGCAGAGUGGUUGAAAUAUAGAAUUGUGAACUGCCAAUCUUUUGAUCGUAUGUUUGAAACCUCGCAGCGCAACGAAAACUUUAUUUGCAAUAUUCUAGAAAGAAAUUUGGGAAUUCCAGUGACAACACCAGUAGACAUCAGAACAACCAGGGGAGUUAGCCCAUAGCAGCUAUUGCUGUAAAAAAGAAGGCUGGCAUAAGCACAAGAAUUGAGAUAGGCACACUACAUGCUUUGUUCUGGUAGUGGUCCACUACUUUAGUGCUACAGUUAAUGAUCUUGAAUGAGUUCAAGGAGCCAGAAUUUAGCCCAGGGAGAAUAUUAUGCUGAACAGCUGUAUCUAGUUGUAUCAUUUUGCCUAUGCAGCUUUAUAUAACCCUGUCCACACAUGUCUAAAGCCCGUGAGUGGCAUCCUGAAAAAAAUGAGCUUUUUAUAUUGCUUUGGAGAAAAUUCAUCUGUUUCGGCCUAACAGUACAUAUACACACUGCACAUAAUUGCAUUCGGUAUACCUUAUCACCAAGUGUUAAGUCACCUUCUUACUUCAUCAGCGAAUCAUUCCUGCAACCAAGUGUGCUGGUCCGGGUUUUACCUGCAUUUCCACCUGUGCAGUUGGUAAAAGUCUUUGGCUGUUUACUAUAACUUCAUAUUUCAAACAUUUGGCUGCAUAAGAGGCUUUGGCAACAUUGGCAACCCUAAUGCCUGGGCAGGCUUCAUGAAAGGCCACCAGUACCUCCUCAUUGCAGACUGUGCUCAACAUUCUUCUUCGUUCGACUGUGACUACGAACCCAUAUAUCUUUCCUCCGAGGCGGCUGGUUUGGUGAUGCGUUGAUGCAGAAAGAGGCUAUUGUUGCACGUGUCAACCUUCGGCCAGAAACCAAUCUGGCACAGGUGGAAAUAGUCUUGUCUUUCCCAUAUGGUGGUUCAGCGUUGCAACGCACAUUCCUUCAGUCAAUUGGCACACUGUCAGUGUGAGUGAGACUGAUCAAAGGGUGGUUAUGGUGUUAGGUUUCUUGCCUGGUUUCGGUAGUGGCAUCAUGACCAAGUGUAUUCACUCUGUGGGGAAUUCCAAUAUUCCAGAUUUCAUUGCUUACAAGCAAUAGUGCUUGCUUCCUCGUUUUGGCAAGAUUCCUCAACAUCUGCAAAAUGACUCCAUCUUUCCCACGUGCGCUUCAAGUGUUGAGAUGUUCGAGAGCAACAACAGGUUCCGCCAUCAUAAAGAGGCUUUCCAUUCCUUCCUUCGCAAGUGGUCAUUAAGGUGCGUACAACUCUGGUGACGGUCAGUCACUGUGAGGCGGUCGGGGAAAGCAUCUGUAGCUUGUUCCUCAAAUUACUGAGAUGUGCACUGAAGAUCGAGCAGCAUGUUUUCAAUAGCAUUACAGUAUUUGGUUCAUCCUGUUAUAGCUGAGAAUGUGUCGCAUCUUACUGAGACCUAUACAUUCAAAUAACGCGCAGUGAUCUAUCCACUAGUCUCUGGCAAGUUUCUUAGCAUGACAUCUUGCCUGCUCAGUCUUGUGAAGAACAUUGAUGAGGGUUUGUUGCAUGCGGCUCAAUUUAAGUAUGCAAUAUGCAGCUUGGCUUGCUCACCCCAAAGUUGCAGCAGGUGCUUGUCAGGGCUGGAUGUUGCCCCAGUAAGCUACAGUUUGCAUGACGCUCUUUGCAGUGUGUGAAGGAUGCGUGUUGCUAGCGAUUCCUCAACACCUUCACAUUCUGCAGACUCAAGUGCAUCAUGGAAAUGGUCCCAGCCUGAAACCCUGAAUUUGUGAAUGUGGCUUAAUUGGAUGUUUAAUUGAAUGUGGCUGUAAGUGUGGAAUAAUGGAUAAUGCUCGCUGCCUCUUGGGGCAGAGUCGCACUGGCACUCUGGAUGAAGGCCCCAGUUGCCCAUGCUAGGUAAGUGUACUGCCCUUCCGGAUUUAAUGGAGGGUCUGGCAGUUGCGAUAGUUGGCGUCAUUUGUUAAUUUGAGGUCUGUGGUGUCUGCUUUGUCAAGGUGGCAUCCUCUUGGCCAUACGUCCUUGCAUCCCCAAUGUGGGUGAUGUGCAUUGAGCUCACCUCGACUGAGUAUUCUGUGUUCGGGCAAACGAACUUGAAGAUGUCAAAGCCAAGUGAAGUCGCCUCGGUUGCGGUGCCUGGUUUUGGGACAGAGGUAGACCAAUGGCAAAACGGCUUCCUUUCAUUUCCUUAGCCUGCAGCACACCACCACAACUUUCUGAUCAGACAUAUGUAUAUUCAAUCUGUUCUUUCCUUCCCCUAAUUGAAUAAUAGCCAAUUUUAGGAGCUGCAAAUCAAGCUGACUUCAGAAGACUGCUGAUUUUUUAGCUACUUCUAGUAGCUUAUUGCGUGGUAAAUUUUCUAGUUGGGCAUGAUGUGGUGCAGUGCAAAGCAGUUUACCUGAGAGGCAUGACAUGCUUCGUGCUUAAAUAAAUGAACUGUUUAAAGAAUUCUUGGAAUAGUCUUAGGACAGGCAACUCUGAGUGAUCACUGCUUUUGUCGCAAAAUGUGGCAAUGAGCUAGCCAGAUGCUGUAACGACAGCGUAGUGUUUAGGUUGUACCGGUAUAGAAGAAACAAAAUUGGAGUUGUGAAGUUUCUCCCGUGGGCUCAGUGUUCGCAUAGGUCCUACAUAGUUUCGGGGUUUCACGCGUUUUCUCAAAUAGUUUUUACAGUUGGGCUCGUGGAGCAAGCCUACGUUUCAAUCGAAGGUAAGUGUUGUCAUUUGCUAACUGUUUCUGAUCAGUCUGGCCUGCGGACAUACGUGUGAUGGCCUUGUUUUUCACAUUCUUUAGGGCUUACGGUUGGCGGGAAGCGCGCCAUGGAAAACGAAUACGAAACUGUACUGUACAGACCAGCAUCUAUGCCUUUUGAGAGAAGGCAGGUAGAAGCACAAGCGCCUGGUAUGUCUUUACAUACGUGAUUGCAGUUUAAUUUUGCUUUGUACCACACUUGUGCACUGGAGCACUGCAUAUUAUGAUUAAGAUGCAUUGUACAGAUCAUAGGAGAGAGGGUAUAUCUUGUAAGUGUACACUGUGUGGACACUUACAGAAUACCCCUUUGCCUUACCAUCCCAGCUUCUGCACCUUUUGUAAAAAAUUUAAGACCACUUACAGGCUACUGAGGCUUUUUUGAACAAAUAUCAGCGUAAGACAUAACGGGACAUGACACAAAUGCUUCGUGUGUCAUGCAUGCAGUUUAUUGGCACAUUCAAUGUUUUGCUGGUCUAAGCUAGUAUAUUAAAAUUUUUGUCUGCUUGUGCAUUCUGCUAUCAAGCAGAGUGUAAGCCAUGGUGUCUUUGUUGUUUCAGAUGCUUUGCACAGGUCUGUAGCUACUCACGCUAAAGCUCCAAGAUUAUACACAGACUUGCAAACUCAAGGUUAAUCACCUAUGUCAUAUACAUCUUUGUGCAGCUGUGAUUCACUGUUCAUAGUAUUAGUUUUUGUACAUUUAUUAGACUAUGGUCAUGUGGAGCAUAACCUACGGUCUGUUCUACAUUCAGGUUCAGCCUACAAGCCAGUAUCCACAUCUGUUGCUGCAUGAAGCUACAAGGUCACGCACGAAUCCACAUGUGCCCGCGGGGUGUAAUUCAUAUGCAAUGUUAUGUUCUUUAUGCAGGUGGAGUUUAAUCCAUGCUGUUUUUGUUUUAGAUGCUUUGCACAGGUCGGAAGCUGCUGGCUCAUUCACGGAAUUGCAAACUUGUGGUUCAUCAUACACGCCAGUAUCCACACCCCUUGCUGGAGCUACAAGGCCACACACGGAACCACAUGUGCUUGGUGGUUUAUGCAGGCCUGCUUCGACACAUGCUGAAGUUGCCAGCUUCACAGAGUUGCAACGUCUUGAUUCAUCGUACAGGCUGAUAUUCACAUAUCUCACUGGAGCUACAAGGUCACACGCAGAUUCACAAGUGCUCGCCUUCAUGGAAAGGGUCUUACAGAUACUUAAUGGUAUUAAGCAGACCCAGCAGGCCCAUUCACAAUACCUUAAUGAGCUGCUCAGCAAUGCCAACAGUGCACCUUCACAACCUUGUGGCUGCCUUGAUUUGCCUUUUUCUGAUGCGACAGACGUGCUCGACUUUGACAGAAAGCUUGAGACAGACAGACAAGCUCUACAUCAGAUGGCACAUUGACUAAUGACGUCAGACACCCAGAUGCCACCCUAAAGGAUCUCGAGAGGGCCGCCAUGACGUGGUUCCGCCAUGCUGCCGAGUGACUUUCUACUCAACAAAUAUAAUUUUUUUAAUUUCGCUGUCAAUUAUGAUCAUGCUGAAGUCAGCUUUCUUGUUGCAGAUUAUCUGCAUGGCCUGUAUGAACAUAUUUUUUUCACUAGUGUUUCAUCCUUCUUUGUUUUGUUUUUAAUCUUACCGUUUGCCACAUUGAGCGUCAUCAUUUUCUUAAUGUGUUGUUUUGUGUGCCUAGCUGAAAUUUCUGUUUCCUGAAACUUAAUUUCUUUACUGGUGCACACAGCUUGCACUGCCUGCUUAACUCUCUUCUAGCAGUGUAGGAUUAAGAGUUAAGAGAGCAGGACUAAGACUAAUUAAAUGCAUCAUUGGCGUAACUGGGAACACUGUUGUACAAUGUUUAAAAAGUGCACAGCAAUGUACACAAAAGCACCUUAGCAAGUAAAUGCAACUUUAAUUCUGCUUUACUAGAUGAGAGGUAAGCAGGCUGUGCACACCAGUAAAGAAAUUAGGUUCCAAGAAAUCAAAAUUUCUCUUGGGCACAGGAAACAACACAGCAAAAGAUUAUUUUAAACUUUGUAUUAAUAGGUCCUGUGAGAAGAAUGUGACUUAAUUACAUAUGUGUUCAUCUUGUUUAUGGGAAGCAUGCAAUAAAAAUUAACAUUUCCAAAGUACAACUGUCGUGAAAUACUGUCUAAUUUAUAGCGCAUUGUCCAACAUGAAAUUAGUGUCAUGUAUUUGCAACAAAAAAUCCAAAAAUACUAAAUGUUUUAACAAUUCGUUUUUUCUGUCAGAGCAUUUCUAAACUUCAGCCGUCUUCAGUGUGCUCCAAAAUUCGCUGCCUUAUCACAUUACCUUUUCUAUUAUUUAUAUAAUUCUGUUCUAGAAGUGUUACAGCAUGAUGGCCUUCAGUGUGUUUGUCAUUUGCUCUUUUACCUUUUCCUCGUCCUAAAAACGUCUUCAAGCUCUUGUUUCAGGCUUGGGAUUGAAACACGGAGGGCAAGAUCCAUUGUUGUCCAUUUUAUGUUGGGAACUUACACACACCCAUUGCUGUGUAGCUGGAUACGUGUACUUCUGCCCCCUCAGCAAUGUUUCCAGUGUUCUCACGAUUUGGUAAAUAUAAAAGCAAAGAGGAAAACAACAGAACCACUGAAAGCCAUAAGCCUGCAGUCUUGGGAAAAAGCAGGAAAACGAGUGAAUUACAUCUCGGGACGAAUACAUUGAAGGUGGCUGAAGUGAAAAAAUUUUCGAAAAAAAUGUACAACUUUCAAAAAGACAAUUCUUUGUAUUUAUAGGUACCUGUCCUUUAAAUGCUGCAUGCACUGGUAAUUUCUAGGAACAGCGGGAUAUGUAACAUCCAAAUGUGAUCCCUGAAUGUCCCGGAAAGGACACAUAAUGGAAGAUCCUAUGUAUGUCGUUUUUGUGUCUCAUUUGGGAGGAUUUGAGGAUUUGUAUGGGACAUCCCAGGGACAUCCCACACCUCCUAAGCAGGACAUCCCAAGGAUAACCAAAGGACAUCAGUGUGUUGUCUGGGUAAAGGAUAUACAGGGUGCCCCAGCGAACUUUAGCCAGACAUGCGAACGCCACGUAGCUGCACAGAACCAAGGUAAUGUCGUUCGUGUUCGCUUACAGAUACUCAGAUUUUUUUUUCAUCACACCUAAUUACAUAUGUAGUCCUAAUUAAGUAAUCAAUUUCUCAAAUAUUAUAGUUACAUAAAAAGUGUCAAUGAGAAUACGAUUGCAGAGAAACAUCAAAAACUCCCGAUACAGCUUUCUGUUGCUCAAUACGUGCUACAUAAAAGUGUUUUUCCGAGCUUGAAAGAAGCCUGCAAAUGCACGCAAAGUGCCUCGAGCGGCCAGCCGUACUUCCUGCUUCCAUUAUGUCCAGAUACUGCCUCUCAGUACAACAGAACUCUGCUAAUCUACCUUUCUGCAUGCGUCUCGGCUUGCCACUUUUCAAAUAAGUUCCACUGAGUAAGGGGUACAUCGAUCUUAACCCUUGUGUGGAAUAUAUUUGGAAACACGUUACACUUUGCGGAACUUUUGAGGAACUAGACCGAUUGUGGA